GGUUGGCAGGAAUUCGCUCAUGGGACAUUGACCUUCUCUCGUGUGACUUGAAUCAACAGCUACGACUCUUUGUGACCCGGCACCUUGCUCAGUUCUCUUCAGAGGUCAAAGGCCAAAGGACCCUGCACCACCGGAGCGAUUCCCUGGAGACCGUGAUCCUGGUGAACCCCAAUGUGGAGAGCGUUGUGUCAGAGGUGCGCUCGCUGGUGUGUGAUCCGUCUGCCCACAAGCUGCUGAUCCUGUGCGGGCAGAGCUCCGACCAGGAGGGAGACCUCAUCCUGCAGGCCGGGACCUUCAGCUACCAGAGAUUUGCCGAGAUCCUUGAGGAUCCGCAGGUCACCCAGAUUCUCAGCAACGCUGACCCCAGCAGCAAGGCCUCCCUCUCUGUGCUCUGCGUGGGAGAAGGCGACUGGAGCAACCUUGGGCAGCCACGGUUCCAGGAGCUCCUUCAUCUGAGGCUGAACCCAGAGCCGGUCUUGCAGGAGAUGGACGGGGUCUCUGAAUUCGCUGAGUACGUGUCCGAGACCGUGGACGUACCAUCGCCGUUUGACCUGCUGGAGCCCCCUACCUCUGGGGGCUUCCUGAAGCUUUCCAAGCCCUGCUGCUACAUCUUCCCGGGUGGACGUGGUGACUCCGCGCUCUUUGCCGUCAAUGGGUUUAACAUCCUCGUGGACGGUGGCUCCGACAGGAAGUCCUGCUUCUGGAAGCUGGUGCGGCACCUGGACAGGAUCGACUCCAUCCUCCUGACCCACAUCGGGGCUGACAACCUCCCAGGCAUCAAUGGGCUGCUGCAGAGGAAGGUGGCGGAACAGGAGGAGGAGCAGUCCCAGGGCUCCACCAACUACAGCGACUGGAUGAAGAACCUCAUCUCACCGGAGCUCGGAGUGGUUUUCUUCAAUGUCCCUGAGAAGCUCAAGAUGCCCGAGUCGUCCGUGAAGGUGAAGAGGAGCAUCGAGGAGGCCUGCCUGACGCUGCAGUACCUGAGCAAACUGGGCAUCAAGGCAGAGCCCCUCUACCGCGUGGUCAGCAGCACCAUCGAGCCCAUCACUCUGUUCCACAAGAUGGGCGUGGGCAAGCUGGACAUGUAUGUGCUGAACCCUGUCAAGGACAGCAAGGAGAUGCAGUUCCUCAUGCAGAAGUGGGCAGGGAACAGCAAGGCGAAGACCGGCAUCAUCCUGGCCAACGGGAAGGAGGGAGAGAUCUCCGUGCCUUACCUGACAUCCAUCACAGCCCUGGUGGUGUGGCUGCCCGCGAGCCCCACAGAAAAAAUCGUCAGGGUCCUCUUUCCUGGAAACGCUCCCCAAAACAAAAUCCUGGAAGGUCUUGAGAAGCUAAAGCACCUGGACUUCCUGAGGUACCCGGUUGCCACUCAGAAGGACAUCUCCUCUGGCAUGCCACCGCCAGCGCUGAAGCAGACCAAGAUCAAGCAAAGAACGGACAGCAAAGAGAGCCUGAAAUCCUCCCCUAAACCAGCUGCAGUGAAGCAAGUCAGGAAGGAAGAGGUGGUAGAGGAGGGGGCCAAGGACAUGAAGCCAGAGGUGGUGAAGGAGGCCAAGCCUGAGAAGAAAGCAAAAGAGCACACAGAGAAGGGACCAGAGAAACCUGCAAAGCCAGAGAAGAUCAAGACAGAGUCAAGCGAUGCCCUCAGAGCCGAGAAGAGGAAACUGGCCAAGGACAAGGUGGGCAAGAAGCACCUCAAGGAGAAGGUUUCUAAGCUGGAGGAGAAGAAGGACAAAGAGAAGAAGGAGAUUAAGAAAGAGAAAAAGGACUUGAAAAAAGAGGAGGGAAAGAAAGAGGAAAAGAAAGAUUCCAAGAAGGAAGAGAAGAAGAAGGAGGCCAAACCAGAGCCAAAGAAGGUGCCUAAGCCGGACCUGAAGCCAUUUACCCCAGAAGUGCGGAAAACACUGUACAAGGCCAAAGUCCCCGGCAGAGUCAAGGCAGAGAAGAUCAAGGUCAAGCCAGAGAAGGAAGCGACUGUGGAGCAAAGGUUGCCCGUGCAGAAGGCGCUGGCUCAGCUGGGGCCAGUGGGGACUGAUGUGGCCAAGCAGAGGCUGGUCCUGUCCUCGCCCGAGGACCUCACCAAGGACUUUGAGGAGCUGAAGCAGGAAGAGACGGGGGAGGAGCAGCCAGCCCAGCCCAUGCCUGAUGCCGGUGCUUCCCUGAGGGGCCCGGGGCCAGCCGUGCUGACCUGCCUUGGAGAAGGGCUGGCUAUCUCAAAACAGGCAAUUCCCUUGGAUGCUGCGGAUGAGAGAAUCCCCACGACGGAUGGGGAAGGAGACUUGCCAGGGGAGGAGAAGCCAGUCCCUGGACUGGGUCUAGGGCUCGGACAGGCCACAAGGUCUGAGGGUGAAGGAGCGGCCGUGGAGGAGCCUCAUGAAAUAGCAGAGCUGGGAGAGGAAGCCAAGACGCUCCUGAGUGCCCAGUUCCUCCCAGAGGUUCCUGGCAAAGGGGCAAGAGAGGAGCAAGCCUUGGCACCAGCACCGGCACACCACCAGCCAGCAUCUGGAGACGUGCGGGCUCCAAGCCGCAUGGAGGAAGAGAGGGAGGAAGAGCAGCACAUCUCCCUGGACACGCAGCAGAGGCAGGCAGACACCAAGGCAUUGCAGGGGCCAGAGGCAGGCGAUGGGACUGAGAUGGAAAGGAGAGAGGAUGUGAUAGAAAAGGCAGAGCUGGAAGAGAUGGAAGAGCAGCACAUGCAGGCCGAAGGGGUGACACGGGGCAAAGACUUGUAUCAGCUGCCGCGGGGUGGGAAGGAGGACACGAGACCCUCGGUCACAGAGGACCAGGGCAGGAGGAGCCCGUUCCCGGAGAGAGAGGGGGUAAAGGAGGCGGCGCUCGUGAGCAGCCUGCCUGCACCGCCAGGCGCCACAGCGGAGCACGUCUCCUACAUCCAGGAUGAGACCAUCCCCGGCUACUCAGAGACAGAGCAGACCAUCUCGGAUGAGGAGAUCCACGAUGAGCAGGAGGAGCGGAUCCCGCACCUGAAGUACGAUGUCAGUGCCUACGACAUCUCCGUGCCCGAUCGCCCGGGCUCCUUUGAAGCUGUCCAUGGCAUCCCAGCCAUGCCCGUGCCCGAUGUGGCGGCCAAGGGCUAUGCCGGGCAGGAAGCUGAGAUCCUGGCAUACCCCACCAACAUCGUGGCGGCCCCGCUGGCAGAAGAGGAGCACGUCUCCUCCGCCACAUCCAUCACCGAGUGCGACAAGCUCUCCUCCUUCGCCACGUCUGUUGCAGAAGACCAGUCGGUCGCCUCCAUCACGGCGCCACAGACUGAGGAGACGGGCAAGAGCUCCCUGCUCCUGGACACAGUGAACAGCAUGCCCUCCUCCCGCACGGAGGCCACCCAGGGCCUGGAUUACGUGCCCUCCGCCGGCACCAUCUCACCGACCUCCUCCCUGGAGGAGGACAAGUGCUUCAAGUCUCCCCCGCCAGAAGACUUCCAGGCCCUGGCAGAAGCAGAGAGAAGGUUUGGGGCCCAGAAGAAGGGCCAGCAUGAGGAGGCAGAGGAGGAGGAGGACGAGGAGGAGGAUGGGACCCCCAACAUCGAGGUGCCCGGGCAGCUCCAUGGGCACUAUGGGGCCCCACUGUUCACGCCACAGGAACGCGGUACCGAUGUCCCCACUGACGCCCCCCUGGAAGCGCCACAGACGCCUGUGCUGCCUCUGCCCGCUGAGGAAGCAAGGCUGUCCCAGCUGGACUCAGGCUCUGUGGAAGCUGAGGAGCGAUGCAUGAGCCCUGACGACAGCACCGUCAAGAUGGCAUCACCAACGCAGUCCGGCCCUACGAGCGCCGGGCACACACCCUUCCACCAGUCCCCAGUGGAGGAGAAGCUGGACGCUGUGGAAGCAGAGCUCUUUGAGAAGGGAGCAGAUGUGGCUGUAAAGGAGGAAGAGGAGCUGGCCUCCUGCACGGGAGAAGGGGCUGCGCACACGUUUGAGCCACUGAGAGAUGAGGCAGCUGCCGCUCAGCGCGCCCCCGGGCAGGGGCAGCCGGCGGUUCUGCAGGAUGAGCUGGAUGAGGAGAGUGACGUGGCACUGCCGGCGGAGUCUGCGUCUCCCACAGACAAACCAGAGGAGCUGCCUGUGGCCAGGGAAGAGCUGCCUUGGCUCUCGUACCACAAGCAGGAGACGCUUGUGAUCGGGGACGAGGAUGACCUCCCCGAGCCACCCACCCCCAGCACAGACGCACUCCCGGAGCCAGGCAGGGAGAUGGAGUUUGAAGACGAUUCGCUCAAAUUCGCAAAAUACACAGACUCGGGGCCGGCUGCCUCCCAAGGACUCUCUCCGGAAACCGCGGCAGCGCCCCACAUCCCAGAGCAGAGCAGCCUUGAGAGUGCCAAAUCCCCCCAGGUUUCCAUUCGAGAGACUUCCCCAGAUGACACUAAAUCCCUGUCUUUUACUGAAGGGAGCCCCAGUAAAGAGAAAUCUCCAGAUAUUUCUAUUAAAGAAAUGUCUCCAGGAGACGGAAAACUGUCGUCUUUCUCGGGAGACAGCUUAGAAAAAGAUAAAUCUCCCCCAGUUUCCAUUAAAGACAUUUCUCCAGAAGACACCAAAUCGAUUUCUCUCACAGAAGAGAGUCCUGGCAAGGUGCCGUCUCCAGACAUUUUCCUUCGAGAAACCUCUCCAGAAGACACUACAUCUCUUGCCGUCGCAGCAGAGAGCGCCGCUGAAGAACAAAUUGUAGACAUACCAAUGACAGAGUCGUUUCCAGAUGCUGCCAGAGCCUCACCCCUCGUGGGACAGAGCCCAGCCGGAAGUGACAAACCACUGGAAACUUGUGACACAGACAUCCUUAAACAAGAGCCCAAAUCCCCUCCUCUCCUGGGACAGCGCCCUGGGAAGGAUACCUCGGCCGCAGACGGUUCCUCUGCCGAAAUCUCUCCAGACGAUGCCAGGUUGUUUUCUUUAAGAGAUAAGAGCCCAGUCAGGGCCGAAUCCUCAGGGCUCGCCUCUCACGAUACCUCUCCUGAUGUGAAGGUCUUGGGCAUUGCAGAGCCCAGCCCCACUCAGGGUAGAGAGGCCCUGGGUAUCUUCUCAGAAGAUGUGAGAUCCUACCACUUCCCGGAAGAGAGAGAAGCUGAAGAAGAGAGAUCCCCAGAAAUGGAAGACCUCUAUUUGAAAGAGGUGAGUUAUGAGAGGAAGGUGUGGUUUCCAGAGGUGCUGCAAGGGGGACCGCGCAAGCACAAGUACGAGGAGGAACGCGAGAGCACUUUCUUAGAUGAGGGUCCAGACUAUGAAAGACCACCUCCGCCUGGGACCGAGGAGGAAAAGACCCAUCAGCCCGUGGCACCAGCACGUGGCGCAUUGGGAGACGCAGAGCAGGCCCUUUGGGACUCUGACCAUGGACAUUUCCAGGAACAAACGGACUUGGGGAAAGCAGAGCUGUUUCUGAAGAAGGAAAAAGAUUUCUGGUGCACGGAAGAUGACAGACCAGCGCCACCGAGAGCCGACGUGGAGCCUUUCAGCGUGGACUCAGACCUGGCGCUGAGGGAGGCCAAAUGCCUCUCGCUGGAAGCAGCACAAGUGGAAAUGGCCCCUGCUGUGGUUGCGUUCCCUGAAAAAUCGGGAGCAGCGGGUGCACCCGCAUCACCCCAGCCGGUCUCUGUGGAGGAGAGCCAGGCCAAGCCAGCAAGCACAGCCCAAGGCAGGGAAGACUCAUGGCUCACAGCCAAAGCAGACUACUCCUACCUGGACGAGGAGGAGAGAGCAGUCCUGGACCUGUACGCGAAGUCGCUGGACCGAGCCCUGACGGGCUCCCCGCUGCCUGCCACGUCCUGUGCGAGCACAGCCACCCCCGAGCCAGAGGAGCUGCCCGUGACCAGGCAGAGCACCUCCGCUGCGCAGGCCAGUGUCCCUACAGGGGCCACCGAGGCUGAUGCUCUGCCCCGGGAAGUGCCCGAGUCCACGUGGCUGCCAGCUGCGCAGCAAGACGCCGACGGCACCUCUGCUGCCGCUCGCGACCUGGAAGGAAGCAAAGAGCAGAAGGCGGCAGCGUCACCGGGCCCAGCGGAUGGAGCCGCUUCGCCUCUGGGAAGUGCGGCAGAGACGGGCGAGCCCAGGCUGCCCCUCUCUGGGCAGGAACCUCCCAGAGGAAGGGGCGACGUUGUCGGCCAUGCUGAGGACACACUCUCCUUCAGCCAGGUGGACUACCAUCCUGUGGCCUCUCCCAGCCCUUCGGGACCCUUUUCUCUGGAGAAAGAGGCCUUUGAGUCCAGAGGAGACGACGGCACCAAGAGGCCAGAGCAGGAGGAAAGGGAGCCAACGCCGUAUCCGGAUGAGAGGACCUUCCACUAUGCAGACGUCUAUGAGAAGGUGGUGGUGUCUGGCAUGGGGCUGCCCAGCUUUGGGCGCCUGGAUAAGGACAGGCCAGAGCCCGCAUUUGCAGCCUUGGUGACCAAAAAACCAGCAGGCCCUCAGGGGGAGCUGCCGAUCCACAUCUCUGCCAAGGAGGAGGAGUCGUGCCUGUACACCCCUGCUGAGAAGGAGCUGUCUUCUCCCACCUCCCCCCGGGACAGAGGGGACUCCUCGUUUGAGUACACGGAUGUGCACGAGCGGCGCUCCCCCCUGCCUGAGGCGGAUAAGCCCAGAGAUGCACCAGGAGGCCUGGGUGAGCUGGCCUGGGCGACGGCCAGGCUGGACAGACCAGACUCUGCGCCGUGCCCACCCUCUCCAGGGGGCCGUGCGCCUGCCCCACCGCCAGACCUCCUCCACGCCCUGUGCCACGAGAAGCCCACCACACACGCAGCUCCCUGCGAUGACAACAUCCUCUCCCUGCACCGGGAGCAGCAUGCGCCGUCCCCGAAGGAGCCGCUGACCAAAGACGUCUACUACGAGAAAGCGGGGAGGGGGGAGGAGAGCGCCAGUGACUCCGAGCUGGAGAAGGGAGCCAAGGAGUGCUCCGAGAAGGAGUCCCGGCUGCCCAGCCCCCCUCGCAUCCCUGACACGGCCGGCGGGAAGGACGUCUAUGCUGACAUCCCGGCGAUGGAGAAGGCCCAGGCGCCAGGUGACCGGGACCAGGCGUCUGCCUCACCAGCGUCGUCUGCCUCCUCACCCUGUGACUCCCUACAGAGUGACGAGCGCUGGCCUGGGCAGCCAGUUGCCACCGCGGAGCCCCACGCCAUGGGGUAUGGCCCUCUGCCAGGCCCGGGCAGGGACGGCUGGGCACCACGCGUGUCCUGCUCCGGCCAGGUGUCUCCGCAGCAGAGAGAGGGUGCAGGAGUGCCCCGCAGGGAGCCCCCCUUUCCUGCCACGCACUUGUCCAGGGUGGAGUUGGCAUUUGAGGGCUAUGGCAAAGAUGCCUGCCUGAAGCCAGCUGCUUCAGGGGAGCAGGAGGAAGAGGAGGAGGAGGAUGUGGCCUUGCCCCUGCAGAGCAAAGGGGCUGAUUUCUCAUCCUCUGGAUUUGGGUUUUCCUCAGCACAAAAGCCCGAGCCAUGCGGCGCGCUGGGACGUGAGGUGUCGCCUGCGAGCUGCAGGGUGGACAUGCCUCUCGCCCUGAGCCUCCCCAGUGCUUCGUCCCACGACCAGGAGCAGAGCCACGAGUACCUGGAGGUCUCCAAGGCUGCCCUCAGCUUGGAGUCCUCCCUCACCAGGUUUUCACCCCUGAGCCCGUGCGAGGACAACCAGCCACUCCCCGGGUCUGCGGCCGGAGGGGUGGCCUCCCUGCAGCAGCCCCGCGAUGACUCCCCCAGCUGCUCCGAGGACGCCUCCUCGGAGGCCACCACACCGGUGAUACACGCGGCCACCGAAGGCUUCUACUCCCAUGUGCUGUCUGGCUACGCUGGCACGGCCACGGACCCUGACCGCAGGAGCCUGUGGGAUGUGUCCCCACUGCUGCCAGCAGACUCCUCCAAGACCCAGUUGAUGGGCAGCCAGGAGCUGGCUGCAGCCGAGGAGCGGGGCCCUCCCUCCCCAUGCGACAUGGAUGACAGCACGCUGCCGUGCCGUGUCGAGUGCCUUGGAGUGGACGCGCGGGGGUCGCACCGCACCACCAGCCCAGGGCAGCAGUCACCCUUCACGGACCAGCUCGCGGCCGUGACCUCACUGCCGGACGUGCUGACGUCAUUCCCUCCUCCUCGGCCGGGAGACGCCGCCACAGCCAACGGUCCCACCGAGGUGAGCACGAGCCCCCAGGCCUUCCACAGUGUGCCACCCCCUGCCGAGGUGCUGCGGCAUCCUGAGGCCAGUGGAAGCCUGUCCCCGUGCUCGGGGGAUGAGGACAGGGAGCGGCAGAGCCGUCCAUCCUCGCUGACGUCCCCAGAGCACAGUUUCCAGCCCUUCUUCCCAGACGCACAGAGGGGCGGCAGGACGGGGGACCACGGUGACGCCUCCCACGAGAUGGAGCCGCGGCUGAGCGCCGGCUCCGACUACGGGCAGAAGUUCUCGGUGUGUGAGUACAAGCAGAGGAAGGGCGAGCUGUCCCCCUCGUUCAUCAACCCCAGCCCGCACGACCUCUCCGAGGACAGUGACCUGUCACAGGAUGAGGGGCACCCCUCUGUGAAGGGGAGGCCACAUCACCCCACCGGGAGCCAGGGACAGGCCCCCAUGGUGGAGGAGACCCCACCCACCUCAGUGAGUGACUCCGGGACCUCCCAGUCCGACUCCGAUGUCCCCCCCGAGACUGAGGAGUGUCCGUCUAUCACGGCCGAUGCAGCCAUGGACUCGGAUGAGGAUGCAGAUUUCCUCCCAGUAGACAAGACCGUGGGCACAUCUCACCAUGCCAGCACGCGGCCCAGCCACGACCCCCAGCCGGCCCCUAUGGUGGAUCCUCACCCGCACCCCCCACACCCAGACGUCUGCAUGGUGGACCCGGAAAUGCUGGUCAUGGAGCAGAACAUGACCAGAGCUGACAAGCUCGCCAAGAAGGACCUGAAGGAGAAGAGCAAAGGCACGAGAAAGCCCUUGAGCAAGCCGAAGCCAUCCUCGCCUGCCCGCAAGCUUGAGGCCAAAGGAAAGCGAUCGCCCACGCCUGUGAAGCAGCCUGCAGACCGGUCCCCAAAGGCUGCCACAGCAAAGAAGGAGAAGGAGGGAGGGGAGAAGCCGUCCAAGGCACGUAGCCCCCUCGCGCAGCCCUCGCACACGGACGAGAAGGACGAGGUGUCCCGCAGCAGCCACAGCAACCCGGGCAAGGGCCUCGUGAACGGCCUCAAAACCAACCCUGUUUCCAGCAGCCCCAAGAGCAGCUUGUCGGUGCCCCCAGGCCCACCCGUAUACGUGGACCUGGCCUAUGUCCCCAACCACUGCAGUGGGAAGAACACAGACCUGGAGUUCUUCAAGCGCGUCCGAUCCUCGUACUACGUUGUGAGUGGGAACGACCCAGCCAACGGGGAGCCCAGCCGGGCCGUGCUGGAUGCGCUGCUGGAGGGGAAGGCCCAGUGGGGCGAGAACCUGCAGGUAACCCUGAUCCCAACACAUGACACAGAGGUGACACGGGAGUGGUACCAGCAGACCCAUGAGAAGCAGCAGGAGCUGAACAUCAUGGUGUUGGCCAGCAGCAGCACCGUGGUGAUGCAGGACGAGUCCUUCCCCGCCUGCAAGAUCGAGUUCUAGCUGCCCGGUCACGCCACGCUCAUCCAUCGCCCCGUCUCCAUCGCCGCACUCAGACACCGCCUGCCGCCCA